AAAAACAUACACCUGCAUACGCAGUACGCAGUAAAGUUGCGAAUGCUUAACAGAGACGCUUGAAAUGUUUGUUACUUAUAUUAGAAUCACCUUGUACGCUGAGAAAAUGUAGGCGGAACGAAUAGUAGCACGUUAGUGAGACAGAGAAGACGAUACCUUAUAGCAAUGGCCUUUGUCGCACAGGCUGGCGUCAACUCGAGACAAAGGAGCGCUUGUUCCAAUGUAAACCACUAUUAUCUUCGUAUAUCUCUAAAUUUAUUACGCAUUGCAACUGGAAUAAUGGAAUAUAUGUCGAACGUAAAGUAUGUGAAAUACCUUUAACGUUUAUUGUUCGUAACAGUGGCCUACAAAUGACUAAAAAUGCGGUUGUGUUUCACGGUAGUAAGAGUCUUAUGGCUUAUAACCGCACAAAGAACGGUACUUUAGAAAAGAAGGUUGUCGAAAAUUGCAACUCUAUUAUUGCAGACAUUACUUAUUGCAAUGACGUAAUUAUAAGUAGUCAUCGAGAUGGUAGUCUCAGAUUCUGGAGAAUUCAAUCACGGGAAAAAAAUACAAAUUAUCUUACACAAUUAAAAAUAUCUAGCAUUGUAAAUAAUGAUUACAUUUAUCGAUUAGAUGCAACAUCGCAACAUAUUAUAUUAAGUUGUCAAUUUUUCGAUGCAACCGAAAAAGUUUCAGUAAAGAUACAGAAAAAUACAUAUAAAACAGAUGGUUGUGUGGAAAGAAACGAAUUAUUUUAUAGGAACCACUCUCUUGUGACUUCAAUUUUAUUUGACCCUAUAGGAACAAAAUUUGCUGCUAAUAUCAUUGAUCGACAAUCGCGUCAUAGCUCGGUUCUAAUUUAUGAUAUUGAUAAAAGUUAUCAGAUAAUGGAGAAACAAUAUGAUGAUUUUUUUGACCGAUUACUAUGGGAGGAUCCUCAGACUAUUCUCACUUUGAAUGAGGGUUAUAUUAAAAAGAUAGAUAUGAGAACAUCCAAAUGUGUACAUAUGUGCGAUACUUCAUCCAUUCCAGAGUGGAGUGAUAUAUUAACAUGUUUCUCAUCAGAUUAUCUAUACACUAUUAUGACGGGGACACGAAACGGUAAAAUUAUUUUAUGGGAUCAGAGAAAAAGUGCUCCCAUUCAAAUGUAUCAAAUGAGUCCGAAACCCCCCGAUUCCUAUUUAUACAAUAUACGUUCUGAUCAAUUUCCUUUUAAGGAAUAUAUACAUUCUAUACAAUUUGAUAGUACCCAUUUGUAUGCUGUUACAUAUGAUACUUUAAUUGAAUUUGACUUUAAGAGAAAAGACUACCUUGACUACGAGAAUAUAAAAAAUAUUUUUCUGAAUUAUUUUUAAAGUUUUUUAAAAAAGGUUAAUAAAA